AUGUUCUACCACGACACUAAACCACCAAUAACCGCCGUGCUCCACUCCACCACCUCUCUCUCCCAUUUCAGAAAUCCCAACUACUUGUAUAAUUAUACCACAGAUGUUACCUUUGCAAUUUAAUCGCAAGAAAUUGAUCAACAUCGCCAACUCAAAAAUGGCUUCUUUUAUGGGUUUCCGCUUCACCACUUUGUUCCUACUAAUCAUCACCGCUUCUGCUCCGGUGGCCAUCACGGCGGACGAGUUCAAGGUCGGCGGCGACGAGGGCUGGCGCCAGCCCGCCUCCAAUGAAACUGACAUGUACAGAAAGUGGGCCGAAACAUUGAGAUUCCACGUCGAAGAUUCCCUACGUUUCGUGUACAAGAAUGAUUCGGUUAUGGUGGUUGAGAAAUUCGGAUAUUAUCACUGCAACUCAACCAACCCGGCCUCGGUGUUCAAGGAUGGGAACACGGUGAUCAAUCUGGAGCGACCCGGGCCCGCCUAUUUUGCCAGCGGCGACCCGGACCACUGCAAGAACGGCCAGCGCUUGAUGGUGGAGGUUGUAACGCUGCACCCGGUUUCCCGAUCGUCGCCCCCUGCGCCGUCGCCGUCCGGAGCAGGAUCUUCCUCGGUUGUGCCUCAACUGCUUUUGUUUUAUCUUCUUGUUGCUGCCUCCAUUCACGUUUAAGUUGUAGUGCUUGGAUUUAGCUACCUUUUAUUCUAGGAAUGUUUAAUUAACUUGCUUGUUGUAUUUGUGUUUGAAUAGUUGCUGUGCGUUUAUCCAUUAUUGCUGAUCAGCCUUUUCUAUUUGUUU